AUGUCCGCGGUGGUGGACGAAACCGCGGUUAUCGCGCUGUUCAAAGCGUUCUGCGGGUAUCAGGAGAGCGAAGACGAGUUCGAGGAGAAAUUUGUCAUUCCAAAAGAACCCAUUAUUUUGGACAAAUGCGCGCAGAUUUUGGCGUCCGGCCAUCAAAAGCCAGAAAUCGUCCAGAAAAUCGUGCUCAUCAUCGAGCGGAUCUGCCGGCUGAACCCGUCGUUCUGCUGCUCGUUCUUUCUGAGCAAGACCCGCGGGGAACCGUGCGAUUGUCUGGGCGAACUGAUCGGUCUGCUGCUGGAGAGCGAGGAUCUGGGCGUGCAGCAGAGCGUGUAUCAGAUCCUGGGGACGCUGUUCGGCCGGGACGCGACGAUGAACCUCGACGACCGGCUGAAUCUGCGGCAGUUUUACGCGGUUUAUUUCCCCGUUAUCGAGCAGGCGCUCCUUCACGCGCCAAAUACCGCGGUAAACGCCACGCUUCUCGCCAUCGAGCUCGUCACCGCGUUUCUCCCCAUCCACCAGACCUUUCUCCGCGGCGUGUUCACCGCGGGAAAACUCCUCGAAACGCUGAUGAUGAAACUGCCGAUGGAUUGUGUGCCCAGCGUUUCGAUGGUCAUUCGGUGUGCGGUGAUUCGGCUGCUGUCCGUGGGGAUCGGUCUGCAAUCGUCGUGGUUUUCCACGAUUCUGGUUCACCGCGGUUUAUUGAGGUUUGUGUACGCGUUGACGACGCCGGAAAUUCUCCUCAAAGAUUCGCUUCUGGCCGCGUCGCUGCGGAAUUUCUUCCAGUGGGCGCUUCUGAAUCACCACAUCGAAGUUUUGCUCGAUGUGGCAGAAAAAGUCCCGAAUUUGGGAAUUGCAGAAAUCACCCCGUUUUCCGACAUUUUGCAAUUUGUGAGGGAGAAACCGGCUUCCGAGUUGGUUGAGAAAGUAGUGGCGUUUUUUGGAAUUCCAGAAAUAGAGCGAAAUGCAGGAGGAAUUGGAGGACGAACUGUAUUUGGAUUCGGUGAAUUCUGA